AUGACCACCACAGCUGCCUCCCAAGUCCUUAACGACAUCUACACCCAACGUCAAACCGCACCACUUUCAAUCCUCUCACUCGCCGACCCAAUACUAAACCCCGAACCACAAACACUACCACAAACACCUUCAUCCCAGUCCCAGUCUCAACUAUCAGUAUCGCAAAAUGGCUCGAAUGCCACAAACACCACAAUCCUCACACCAUCCACUCUAGCAGUCGACCUCGAACACUACCGCGACCUCUUCUCCAAGCUCCGCUUCUCAUACCUCGAACAAGUCACCAAAGAAAAAUAUCUAAAGAACCUCAUAGGCGAGCCACCGACCCUCGCGACCCCGGAACAAAAUGCGCAACUCGAGGAGAAACUCGUCGUGAUGAAGGCCGAACUACAAACGAAGAAGCGUGGUGUUGAUGCCCUGGUCGUGGAAAUGGAGCAGCUGGCGCGCGAGAUUGCAGAGAAAUACGAUAUAGUGGAGGCUGGUAUGAGGCAGUUGGAGACUCUGCCUCGGGAAGUAGAGGGUCUAGAGCAGGAAGUGGAAGAGCUGAGGCGCCAGCUGAGAGAGAAGGAGGGCGAGAUGGAGAUCAGUAGUGACCCACGGAUGAACUUGAGCUUGGAGGAGACACAGAUGUUAGUCCAGGAGCAGCGGCGGAGGCAGGAAGGACUACGUGGGCAGCUCGACACUUUUGAACGUGAAUUACCGGCUAAGAUGAGGGAGUGUGAGAAGGCCGAGCGCGAAUUGGUGGAGAUUGAGACGAGGAGGAAUGAGGUCACGAGGACGGCGAGAGACGCGCUGAGACGGAAGGCAGAAGGGAAGCCUGAUUUACUAGAGCAGCAGGGCCGUUGGUACAAGAGUAGUGAGGUUGUGCUGAAGGGACUGCUUGGUGUGGAAGAUUAG